AUGGGCAAAGCUGUCGACACCACCUCGAAGACCACCCGCGUCGAGUCGGGCCCCGCCGCCAUCGACGCUGGUAGCGUCGACAUGCCGCCCUCCUAUGAUGCGCCGCCUUAUGAGGACAACGCGAGCCCCAGGCCAGCCGCCCCUGCAACGCAGCCGCCGCCGCCCGCACCCGUCUCUCGUCCCACACCCCCCGCCCAGGCGCAGCAGACAGGAGGAGCAGCCGUCGCGCCGUCAAAGGCGUUCAACCGCCGCAUCCCCCCGCCUGGAGCUCAGCGUGCUGUCGCCCCUCUCACGAUCACGCGCAACGACAAGAGCAUCAAGGAAGACUAUGUCGUCUCAAUCGGGGAGAACAAGCGCGGCCCCGACGUGCGUCUCGAGACGAACGAUGCGCGCAUCGACUCGUCCAUCUAUCUCACUGGCUCCGUGCCUCGCGCCGCCGUCGUCGAGGCAGUCACCGACGACAGCAGCAUUCGCCUCCGCGUUCAGCGUGAGGAGGGGCAGGCCGUCGAGAUUCACGCCAAGACUAAUGAUACUGGCGGUAUGUUUGAGCUGACCCCAGGCCGCGUCCAUCUCUGGCUGCCCCACGGCUUCGACGGCCUCGUCACCGCAAGGGUGAAGGGCGGGAAGGCGGAGCUCUCGCCCAGCUUGCGCGACGUCGCGGUCUUGUGGCCGGGCGCAAGUGAGAAGCACACUCAAACCUGGGCGAUCCGUCUCGGCAAGGACCGCAAUACGACCGACGAGCCCGGCCCGGACCGUGCGUUUGUGCAGACCAAGGAUGCGGGGAUCCGCAUCUACGCCGACACGGACGAUGAGGCUGGCGAGGGUGACAAGUGUGUCAUCUGCUAG